AUGAAAUCAGAACAAGACGUCAUAGCAGAUUUCAAUGAAAUCGUCAAUAUGACAGCUGAUGAGCUGGAGACGUAUCUCAAAACAGAAGGUUCAGAGACUACUGGUUUUACAAAAGAAGAUGGUUCAGGUGAAUCAAUAGGUCAUGAAUCCGGUAGGAAAAUCGUCGAUAUCUUGACGAGAAAUCCUGAUCAGGAUCCAUCCAAAUACACAGAAGAAGAUGUUGAGCAUAUGAGAAGAGUAGUCUCAUAUUGUAAAAGACAUUUAGCACAAGAAGGUAAAUUGAAAGAAACCAAGACUCCAGAGGAGUUGGAGAAGACUAAAUCUACAAGAAGCUUGAAGAAUUGGGGUCACGAUCCAAUGAAGACUCUUUCCAAAUCUGAACAACCUAAAAAACCUGCUUCCAAGAAAACCGAGAAGCCCGCUUCUAAGAAAGCUGAAAAGCCAGCAUCAAAGAAAACUGAGAAACCAGUAUCGAAAAAGACUGAGAAACCUGCUUCUACUACAAAAGCAGACAAACCAGUAUCCAAGAAAUCUGAAAACCCAGUCUCCGAGAAAACAGACAAACCGGUGUCCAAGGAAGACGCUAAGCCCAAAUCUGCUAAACCUGCCAGUAAGAAGUCUGAACCUAAAAAGACAACUGAAGAGGCCGAUGCAGGUGAUAAGAGAGAAGCGGAGAGUCAGAAAGUAGAAAAGACCGAGAAACCUACUAGCAAGAAAGCCAAGACCCCCAAGGAACCCACUGAAGGUACCAGAAAACCACCUAGCAGGGGUGCCAAGAAGGCCUAG